CCAGUAGGUAAGCGCAGCUGCCGGCGGCGGCGCUCACUCCAGGCGGCGAGCCGCACGGAGCAGCCGGUCGCUGGGCCACGUUCCGCGCUGCCCGUCAUGUCCUUAAGCGGCAGCCUCGCGCGUCUCCGGACGCAAGUGCAUCUCGUUCUGAAAAAGUCCGUCCACUCCGUGGCUGUGGUCGGAGCCCCGUUCUCCCGGGGACAGAAAAGAAAAGGAGUGGAAUACGGUCCCGCUGCUAUCAGAGAAGCUGGCUUGAUGAAAAGGCUCUCCAACUUGGGCUGCCACCUAAAGGACUUUGGUGAUUUGAGUUUCACUCCAGUCCCCAAAGAUGAUCUGUACAACAACCUGAUAGCAAAUCCUCGCUCGGUGGGCCUCGCCAACCAGGAACUGGCUGAGGUAGUUAGUGGAGCAGUAGCAGGUGGCUACAGCUGUGUCACAGUGGGAGGAGACCACAGCUUGGCAAUUGGUACCAUUAGUGGCCACGCCCGGCACUGCCCAGACCUUUGUGUGAUCUGGGUUGAUGCCCAUGCUGACAUCAAUACACCCCUCACCACUUCAUCUGGAUGUCUCCAUGGACAGCCCGUUUCCUUUCUCCUCCGAGAACUACAGGACAAGGUGCCACAGCUCCCAGGAUUUUCCUGGAUCAAACCUUGUAUCUCUUCCCCAAGUAUUGUGUAUAUUGGUCUAAGAGAUGUGGACCCUCCUGAACAUUUUAUUUUAAAGAAUUAUGAUAUCCAGUAUUUUUCCAUGAGAGACAUAGAUAGACUUGGUAUCCAGAAGGUCAUGGAACAGACAUUCGAUCUACUGAUUGGCAAAAGACAAAGGCCAAUCCAUCUGAGCUUUGAUAUUGAUGCAUUUGACCCUACACUGGCUCCAGCUACAGGAACUCCUGUUGUAGGGGGACUGACCUAUCGAGAAGGCAUGUAUAUUACUGAGGAAAUACACAACACAGGGUUGCUGUCGGCACUGGAUCUUGUUGAAGUUAAUCCUCAGUUGGCUGCUUCAGAUGAAGAAGCCAAGGCUACAGCUGGCCUGGCAGUGGAUGUGAUUGCGUCAAGUUUUGGUCAGACAAGGGAAGGGGGGCACAAUGUCUAUGACCAACUUCCUACUCCCAGUUCACCACAUGAAUCAGAAAAUGAAGAACGCGUGAGAAUUUAGGAAAUACUGUAUGCUGACACAUUCGUCACAAUGGGCAUUCCAGAGUUGUGAGGUGUUUGAGGGGGCAUACUACAAGGUCAUCUGGGUCAAUACUGCCUUAAUGAGAACAUUUGCGUAUUCUCACAAUAGUAAAAUUUCCUUUCCCUCUCCAUUUUGGUGACCAAUGAUACUAAUUGUAAAUGUAUUCGUGGGUUUUUUUGCAAUUCAUGGGGUAUUAAUAUGUUGGAGUACAUGUAAAUUUAAAGAAGUCAUAAACAGCAUUUAUUACCUUGGUAUAUCA